AUGAACGGCCGAGACCGCCCCCGCGGACCUCCGCCAAAUCGCGGGCCUGAUCCGCGUACGAGUCCGAGUGAUAGCAACGUGUCAAAAGCAGACCAUUUCGACGACGAGAAGAAGCGCAUCAUUCACAGUUGUUAUGCGAAGAAGGAUGCUGACGGCACUUUGGUCGAGUCCUACAUCACACAUGUCCGCAUCGUUGAAGAUGCAGCGCACCCCUCUAGCCCCUCCCCGCCCAAUGCCUCAUCUGAGAACAAGAAACCCCGUGUCAUUAUAGUUUCGGUGCGCCGGUCAGGCCGGGUUCGUAUGCACAAAGCUCGUGAGAAUAGCGAUGGAUCUUUCUCAAUUGGAAAGACCUGGAUGCUUGACGACCUAACUUCGAUCCAAUCAUUCUCCGCAUUCGUUCCCCAAUCGCCAACAGAACAACAACAGAAGGAAUGGGCCGGACACAAUGGUUUCACAGUUACGAUAGGCAAGCCCUACUACUGGCAUGCGAGAACUCCGAAGGAAAAGGAGUUUUUCAUUGGGAGCUUGGUCAAGAUCUUCAAAAAAUACACUAAUGGAAGACUUCCAAAUCUCAUCGGCUUCGAUGAAAGGGAGCGCCAACAGCUUUCAGGCUCGGGACAACCUGGGCCUUCCGGGCCACCCAACGGCCCCCCGUCAAGAGGAGCUGCGGCAAGCCCUGUUGAGAGUGCGGUGCCGCCUUCGCUACAACCAUCAUAUCGAGGUCGUGAUCCUGGUCGCGAUGCACCGCGAGAACCACCUCGGAGGAAGGCUUCCGAAGACCCCAUCCUUCGUGCACAAAAGAGCCGCGAGCAGAUGUCCCGACCAUCUACAGGCUCGCGGCCAUCUACUGGCCAUGGAAAACCGGCGCCCUCGCCCUUCGAUUUGCCCAAAGGGACUCCUUCGGGGCCUCAAGAGCUGCAACCUCCACCACGAGCUGCCGAGCGUAUUGCCUCCGAUGCAAAGAGCAAAGAUACUCCUCCCAGUUCUAGCCAUAGCGGCAUUCCAGACUCACUGCGCCCAGCGUCCUCUCGCAGUCAAGACCCCGGACCCAAACUCCCGACCUUUGCCGCGCAACCUCCUUUGGACAAGUCACCGGAGAAGGUGCGCAGCACAGACGGACUUCGUCCUAUCACGCCAGCCUCUGCCGUUGACAAUAGAGAUGUAGUCCCAAGCCCAGUUAGCAGCUUUGGGCAGAGGUCACCACAACGCGAUGGUGGUGAUAAACCGUCUCCAUUAAACCAACCACCCUUGCCCCAAGAAAGGAGUUUGCCGGGAAGCUUGUCAAUCGCAGGCCAGUCAGAGUCGCGUGAAGCAUCUUAUUCACCCGGAAUUGAGGGACUAGCCGCGGAGCCUGCUGCUUUAUACGCUGCUAACAUGGUUUCAGAGGAGCCUGAGCCUGUUCAGCCCGUUGAGUCCGCCCAGGAAGUCAAGUCUCCUGAAGUGACCCCUGCAGUCACCCCUUCUGUAGUAACUUCUCCCACAGAGGAACCCUCUUCUGAGCCUACAUCUGCUUCGGUGGGAGAAUCUGGAGAGCUCGAGCCUCACCGGCCAGGCCUCGGUCCCAUGAUCAAGAAAAAGCCAGGCAAAGAUAUUGCAGGUACAUUCAAAAAGGCUGCGGCUGCUUACGGGGCUUUUAAACCUAGACCUGGCGGUGCUGGUGAGCGACUGCUGGCAGCCGCAAAGAAGUCACAAGCAGAGGAAGCCGGUCCCGAUGGUAUCACCGGCGUUGUUCCAGCCCCUUCGCUUACUCGUCCAGUGGCGGAGAAGGCAGAAAGGUCCGACAAGGAUCUGCUGCAGCCACCAUCCGGGCCUGAAACCCCAACGGUGGAAAUCACAGAGCCUCAGCUUGAAGAAGCUCCAGUCGCUCCUGUGGUACCCCAUGUAGAUAUCCCUGACUCAUCCAAGAACACUCUCACGGAUGUUGUGCAGGUUGAAACCCGUUCAAGGACACCGUCUCCAUCUGGCCAAGGACGUCGCCGCAGACGCCGCGAGGACAAUACCUUGAAAUAUUGCCAGGCCCUUGGAAUCAACCCAGGUGUUCUGGAUGGCCGCGGCAUUGACUUUGAUGACAUCCUCUCCGAUCUUGGGUGGAACGGCCGGUUGGCUGAUGAGCAGAAGAUUGAAGAUCUGGAAGCAGAUGUUCGUCGUGAGAUUGGCCGCGUAGAGGCUACCAGCUGGCUUGGCAACCUUGAACAGCAAGAAGGAAAGGUUGAGCAACUUGCCAGCCUGAUUGACAGGACUAUUGAAGAGUGUGAUGAGCUUGAUGGUCUAUUGACACUUUACUCCCAUGAGUUGAACACUCUUCACGAAGAUGUGGCGUAUAUUGAAGCUCAGGGCCAAGGUCUGCAGGUGCAGACAGCCAACCAGAAGCUUCUGCAAAACGAACUCCAGAACCUAUUGAAGACCCUUUCGAUCUCUUCUUCCGAGCUAGGUCCCCUCAAGGAGGCUUCAUUGAGCAAUCUCGAUGGUCUCAAGGACAGUGAACAUGCUCUCUCUAUACUGUACAAGGCUAUGCUCAUGAUCGACUCUGAUAUUGGUCAAAACAAGAAACGUCAGGUCGACUCUAGCGUCGGUGUCUACGCUGAUACUGAGGUUGGCCAGAUGCGUGCAAUCAAGCAGAAGAAGGAAGAGUACCGAUCCACUGCCAUGGUCUUCCUCCAGCGCUUGAAGCAAUUCAUGGCUAUGGCCUUCAAAAUGGCCGAACAAAAGCGAACCGAUGCGGCGGCCAACGGUGCCAAGGAUGCAAUGAAGCUUGACACUAUCGCGCGUGAUCAUUUCCGUCAAGAGAUUUGGAGGUACAAUGCCCUGAUGCUCUUUGCGAAGGAAGUUAGCAUGGCGGAAUGGCAUGGCCUGGUCGGUCUCUACGAGCAACAAUCCAAGCCCUCGUAUCAAGGUGACUUCCGGGAUAAUAAUCUGGCCUGGAAGAAAACGGCUCGCAAGCCCACUGGUGAUGAGCAAGAACUUCUCUUUACCCACCAAGAAAAAGAGAAGGAAACCGAGGGUCUUACCAUGGCCGCGCGGAAAUUGACCGUGCGACGAGGCAAGACAGUACGAGCCGCCGCUGGCCUUCGACUGGCUUCGGGGGAAAAGAAACAGGGCAGGGUUGAGCCAUGCGAGGCAUUCUCGGGUACAUUGCGUGAGACGUUGAAGAUGAUGGCCCAGGAACAAAACUUCAUUGUUCAUUUCUUCCACCUUGAUUCUCUUUCCAGUGCUGAGUUCUCUGAUCUGGUCGCAUCCUCAAUUCCAGAACGCCGAACGAUCCCCGACUUCUCUGCCAGCCAGUCGCACGACCCGGAUCGCGCGAUGGCGAAGCGAGUAGAGCAGAUCAUGGAUGAGAUCUAUUCCUUCUGGCCUAAUGACAUGCAGAGUCUUGUGGACUGGGCGAUGCAGGCUGAUCCCCUCCAAGGAAUCGGUAUCCUUUACGCUUUGGAGACCGCCAUGGUCGACUUCGACGACACAAACCAAGAGUUCAUCCUUCACUCCUUACAAAAGAUGCACUCUCGCCUAAUGGGUCUAUUUAACCGAUUCGUCGACGAACAAAUUCGAGGCAUCGAAGACACCAAAGUAAAGGUGAACAAGAGAAAGGGAGUAAUCUCCUUCAUGCGAGUAUUCCCCAACUUCUCCAACGCAGUCGAGACCCUCCUCUCAGGCCCAUCAAGCGACAUAGUCGACAUUCGCAUCAGUGUGAACGACGCCUAUGACCGCAUCAACCGCGCCAUGUGGGAGUCCCUGAAAUUCAUCGCCAAGGAAGCCCCCGGUCAACCACCCGGCGUGGCAGCCGGUGCCGGAGACCCAGAAGACAAGGAAGUCCUCAACUACCACAUUCUCCUAAUCGAAAACAUGAACCACUACGUCGAAGAAGUAGACGUCCACAACAUCCCCUCCUUGGAACGCUGGACAGACCGCGCCCAACAAGACUUCCAAGAGCACAUGAGACUCUACCUUGACUCGGUCAUCCACCGCCCGCUAGGCAAGCUCAUUGACUUUGUCCAGUCAAUCGAUAACCUUCUCGCCGCUGGCGGGAAUCCCACCGACAUUGCUGCCCGCGCCAGCCAUUCCCGCAUGGUGGCGAAGAAGGUCCUCUCCUCAUAUGACAAUAAGGAAAUCAAACGUGGAAUCGAGAUGUUGCGCAAGCGAGUCGAGAAGCACUUUGGCGAUGCUGAUGAUCCUGGUCUGAGUCGCAGUCUUGUUGUUAAGGUUCUUCGUGCUUGCGAACAGCGGUAUGAGAAUGCUUAUGACCGGACGCGCCGCAUCAUUGAUACUGUUUAUGAAGGUCAAUUGGAUCUGGAUUGGCGGAAAGAUGAGACUCUUAGCAUGUUCAGGAAAUGA